CACACGGGCCGGCUCUUAAAGUCUCUGUGCGUCACCAGUUUGUCCUUCCUGCUGCUGCACAUCGUCUUCCACAUCACGUUGGCCAGCCUGGAGGCGCAGCACCGAAUUGCACCCGGCUACAACUGCUCAACCUGGGAAAAGACGUUCCGACAGAUCGGCUUUGAAAGCCUGAAGGGAGCCGACGCGGGGAACGGGAUCCGAGUGUUCGCGCCCGACAUCGGGAUGUUCGCUGCCAGUCUGGCCAUCUGGCUCGUCUGCAGGAACAUCGUUCAGAAGCCACUGACAGAGGAGGCAGCACAGUGUAACCCGGAGUUUGAGCACGAAGCUUCGGCUGGAGGAGAGAAGCUAGACUCAGAAGAGGCUCUGAUCUACGAAGAGGACUUGGAUGAGGGGGCCGGCGCUGCAGCCGACCUGGAGGAAAGCACCAGGCUGAAGCUGCUGCGCAGGCUGGCCUCGCUGGCCUCCAGGCUCAAGGAGUUCAUCGGCAACAUGAUCACCACCGCGGGGAAGGUGGUGGUGACGAUUCUGCUGGGCUCGUCAGGGAUGAUGCUGCCGUCUCUGACCUCCUCUGUCUACUUCUUCGUGUUUUUGGGUCUGUGCACUUGGUGGUCCUGGUGCCGGACGUUCGACCCCUUGCUGUUCAGCUGCCUCUGCGUUCUGCUGGCUAUUUUCACAGCGGGACACUUGAUUGGACUCUAUUUGUACCAGUUCCAGUUCUUCCAGGAGGCGGUGCCCCCCAACGACUACUAUGCCAGGCUGUUUGGUAUCAAGUCGGUGAUUCAGACAGACUGCUCCAGCACGUGGAAGAUCAUAGCAAACCCAGAGCUGUCCUGGUACCACCACGCCAACCCCAUCGUCCUGCUGGUCAUGUACUACACGCUGGCCACUCUGAUCCGCAUCUGGCUGCAGGAGCCCCUUGUAAGGGUCCACAGGGAGGAGGCCGGAGCGCUGGCCUGCAGCCCGGGCCCCGUGACGGCCGAGAGGAGGAGGAGCCUGUGGUACGCCGCCCGCUACCCCACCGACGAGAGAAAGCUUUUAUCCAUGACUCAGGAUGACUACAAACCAUCUGAUGUUAAAAAGGAGGAAGAGGAUCAGAAAGAAGAAUUUGAGGAGGAGAGGAGCCAUGAGGAAAAAAGGAGUGUUAAAGUCCAUGCCAUGGUCACUGUGUUCCAGUUCAUCAUGAAACAAAGUUACAUCUGUGCCCUCAUUGCCAUGAUGGCCUGGAGCAUCACCUACCACAGCUGGCUGACCUUCGUGCUACUCAUCUGGUCCUGCACCCUGUGGAUGAUUCGCAACAGGAGGAAGUAUGCCAUGAUCAGCUCCCCGUUCAUGGUCGUCUACGGAAACCUGCUGCUGGUCCUGCAGUACAUAUGGAGCUUUGAACUUCCUGAAAUUAAAAAGGUCCCAGGAUUUUUAGAAAAGAAAGAGCCAGGAGAACUUGCCUCGAAGAUACUUUUCACCAUCACCUUCUGGCUCCUGCUCAGGCAGCAUCUCACAGAGCAGAAAGCUCUCCGAGAAAAGGAAGCUCUUUUGUCUGAAGUCAAAAUCGGAAGCCAGGAAAGUGAAGAAAAAGAUGAGGAACACGACGUCCAGGUGGAAGGGGAGGCCCAGCAGAAGGUGGAGGAAGAGGAAACGAAGGAGGAGAAGCAGGAGAGAAGGCAGGAGGAGGAAGAGGAGGAGGAGGAAGGCGGCCAGGACGUCAUGAACGUGCUGGGGAACCUGGUGGUGGCCGUGUUCAUCAAGUACUGGAUCUACGUCUGUGGCGGGAUGUUCUUCUUUGUCAGCUUCGAGGGCAAAAUCGUGAUGUACAAAAUCAUCUACAUGGUGCUGUUCCUGUUCUGUGUGGCCCUGUAUCAGGUGCACUAUGAGUGGUGGAGGCGAAUCCUGAAAUAUUUUUGGAUGUCCGUGGUUAUCUACACGAUGCUGGUGCUUAUUUUUAUAUACACGUAUCAGUUUGAAAACUUCCCAGGCCUGUGGCAAAACAUGACUGGAUUGAAAAAAGAAAAGCUGGAGGACCUCGGCCUGAAGCAGUUCACGGUAGCGGAACUCUUCACCCGCAUCUUCAUCCCCACCUCCUUCCUGCUGGUCUGCAUCUUGCACCUGCACUACUUCCACGACCGCUUCCUGGAGCUCACGGACCUGAAGUCCAUCCCCAGCAAGGAAGACAGCGCCGUCUACAGCCAUGCCAAAGUCAGCGGGCGCGUGUAUCUAAUAAUCAGUAGACUGGCCCACCCCGAGGGAAGCCUCCCCGACCUCGCCAUGAUGAACCUGACCGCCCGCCUGGGGGCGGCGGACACCAAGCCGCUGGCUGGGCCUGGGGAGGGGAAGCCGGGGGGCUGCCCCGCCAAGGCCAAGAAGAGUGAGCUCAGCAAAGACAGCGAGGACGAGGACGACGAGGACGAGGACGAGGAGGAGGCGGCGUCAGAUCUGAGGAACAAGUGGCAUCUGGUGAUCGACCGGCUGACGGUGCUGUUCCUGAAGUUCCUGGAGUGCUUCCACAAGCUGCAGACGUCCCUGUGGUGGGUCCUGGAGCUGCACAUCGUCAAGAUCGUGUCCUCGUACAUCAUCUGGGUGUCCGUGAAAGAGGUGUCUCUGUUCAACUACGUAUUUCUGAUUUCUUGGGCUUUUGCUCUGCCGUACGCCAAGCUGCGCCGUCUGGCUUCGAGCGUCUGCACAGUCUGGACGUGUGUGAUCAUCGUCUGCAAGAUGUUGUACCAGCUGCAAACCAUCAAACCUGAGAACUUCUCUGUCAACUGCUCCUUGCCAAAUGAAAACCAAACGAACAUACCCCUCCAGCAGCUAAACAAGUCCCUGCUCUACAGCGCCCCCAUCGACCCCGCCGAGUGGGUCGGCCUGAGGAAGUCUUCCCCUUUGCUCGUCUACCUGCGGAACAACCUGCUGAUGCUAGCCAUCCUGGCCUUCGAGGUCACCGUCUACCGCCAUCAGGAGUACUACCGGGGCCGGAACAACCUCGCCGCGCCCGUGUCUAAGACCAUCUUCCACGACGUCACCAGACACCACCUGGACGACGGGCUGGUCAGCUGUGCCAAGUAUUUUAUCAACUACUUCUUCUACAAGUUUGGGCUGGAGACCUGUUUCCUCAUGUCAGUUAACGUGAUCGGUCAGCGGAUGGAUUUCUACGCCAUGAUUCACGCCUGCUGGCUGAUCGCCGUCUUGUACCGGCGCCGAAGGAAGGCCAUCGCGGAGAUCUGGCAUUACCCCUGGAGGUUCAAGGGCGCCAGCUUCAACGACAACAUCGUCAAGUGGCUGUACUUCCCAGACUUCAUCGUGCGGCCCAACCCCGUGUUCCUCGUCUACGACUUCCUGCUGCUCCUGUGCGCCUCCCUGCAGCGGCAGACCUUUGAGGAUGAGAACAAGGCCGCCGUGCGCGUCAUGGCGGGGGACAACGUGGAGAUCUGCGUGAGCCUGGACGCCGCCGCCUUCAGCCAGCACAACCCUGUCCCGGACUUCGUCCACUGCAGGUCGUACCUGGAUAUGUCCAAGGUGGUCGUCUUCAGCUACCUGUUCUGGCUCGUGCUCACCGUCGUCUUCAUCACCGGCACCACUAGGAUCAGCGUCUUCUGCAUGGGCUACCUGCUGGCCUGCUUCUACUUCCUGCUCUUCGGGGGCGACCUGCUGCUGAGGCCCAUCAGGGUGAUCCUGCGCUACUGGGACUGGCUGAUCGCGUACAACGUCUUCGUGAUCACCAUGAAGAACAUCCUGUCAAUAGGCGCUUGCGGCUAUAUUGAGAAAUUGGUUCAGAAUAGCUGCUGGUUCAUCCAAGCCUUCAGCCUGGCCUGCACAGUCAAGGGCUACCACAUGCCGGACGAUGACUCCUCGUGCAAACUGCCCAGCGGGGAAGCAGGGAUCAUCUGGGACAGCAUAUGCUUUGCCUUCCUCCUGCUGCAGAGAAGAGUCUUCAUGAGCUACUAUUUCCUGCACGUCGUGGCGGACAUAAAAGCCUCUCAGAUCCUGGCAUCAAGAGGGGCUGAACUUUUCCAGGCCACGAUCGUAAAGGCUGUCAAGGCAAGAAUCGAGGAAGAGAAAAGGUCAAUGGACCAGCUGAAGAGGCAGAUGGAUCGCAUCAAGGCCAGGCAGCAGAAGUACAAAAAGGGUAAGGAGAGGAUGCUGAGCUUGACCCAGGAGCCAGGGGACGGCCAGGAUGUGCAGAAACUCUCUGAAGAGGACGACGAAAGAGAAGCAGACAAACAGAAAACCAAGGGCAAAAAAAAGCAGUGGUGGCGGCCUUGGGUUGACCAUGCUUCCAUGGUCAGGAGUGGAGAUUAUUAUUUGUUUGAAACGGAUAGCGAAGAGGAGGAGGAGGAGGAGCUGAAGAGAGAAGAGGAGGAGCCUCCCAGAAGGUCCGCUUUCCAGUUUGUGUAUCAAGCCUGGAUUACCGACCCUAAGACAGCGCUGCGGCAAAGGCGCAGAGAGAAGAAAAGGCCUGCGAGGGCGGAGCCGCGGGGCCGGAGGAGCGGGGCCGCGGAGGGUCCCGUGCAGUGGGAAGACCGAGAGGAGGAGCCGGUCAAGAAGAAGUCCGAUGGGCCAGGUAACAGGAUAUUUAACAUUCUGAAGUUUACCUGGGUCCUGUUCCUGGCGACCGUGGACAGUUUCACAACGUGGCUCAACUCCAUCUCACGGGAGCACAUCGACAUAUCCACCGUCCUGAGGAUCGAGAGGUGCAUGCUGACCAGGGAGAUUAAGAAGGGCAACGUUCCCACGCGGGAGAGCGUCCACAUGUACUACCAGAACCACAUGAUGAACCUUUCCCGGGAGUCUGGGCUGGACACCAUCGACGACCGUCCGGGCGCCCCUGCAGGUGCACAGACAGCCCGCAGGAUGGACAGCUUAGACUCGCACGACAGUAUCUCCAGCUGCUACACUGAAGCAACCAUGCUGCUCUCGAGGCAGUCCACCCUUGACGAUUUAGACGGACCAGAAACUGUGCCUAAAACGAGUGAGCGCGCCCGACCCGGGCUCCGCAAAAUGCUCAGCAUGGACGUGUCCUCCUCGUCUGCUGACAGCACCAGCUUAGCCUCCAGCGAGCCCACCCAGUGCACCACGCUGUACUCACGCCAGGGGACCACAGAGACCAUUGAGGAGGAGGAGGCCGAGCAGGCCGAGGAGGCCGAGGGGGCCCAGGACGCUGAGUCGCUCCAGGACCCCACGGAGGACGGCGACGUGGAGGCCCCGCCAUCCUACAGCAAGGCAGUCAGCUUCGAGCACCUGUCCUUUGACUCCCGGGAUGACUCAGCCGGCCAGACCCACAUGGCGGUCAGCCCUGACGACAGCCGCUCGGACAGGCUGGAGGCCAGCGUCCUGCCGCCCCUGACCCACGAGCUGACAGCCAGCGAGCUGCUGCUGAGCAAGAUGUUCCACGACGACGAGCUGGAGGAGUCGGAGCGCUUCUACGUGGGGCAGCCGCGCUUCCUGCUGCUCUUCUACGCCAUGUACAACACGCUGGUGGCGCGCUCCGAGACGGUGUGCUACUUCGUCAUCGUGCUCAACCACAUGGUCUCCGCCUCCAUGAUCACGCUGGUGCUGCCGGUGCUCAUCUUCCUCUGGGCCAUGCUGUCCGUGCCGCGGCCCAGCAAGCGCUUCUGGAUGACGGCCAUCGUCUACACCGAGGUGGCGAUCGUGGUCAAGUACUUCUUCCAGUUUGGGUUCUUUCCCUGGAACAAGAAUGUGGAGCUGAACAAGGACAAGCCGUACCACCCGCCGAACAUCAUCGGGGUGGAGAAGAAGGAGGGCUACGUCCUCUACGACCUCAUCCAGCUGCUGGCGCUCUUCUUCCAUCGCUCCAUCCUGAAGUGCCACGGCCUGUGGGAUGAGGACGACGUGGCCGAUGGUGGCUCGGACAAGGAGGACUCAGGUGACGAGCUGUCCCUCAGCCACGGCAGAAGGGCCUCCUCUGACUCUCUCAAGUCCAUCAACCUGGCCGCGUCCGUGGAGUCGGUGCACGUGACCUUCCCCGAGCAGCCGGCGGCCGUCAGGAGGAAGCGCUCCAGCUGCUCCCAGACGUCCCAGGGGUCCAGCUUUUCCUCGACUAAGUCCAAGAGAGGCAGCACCAGCACCCGGAACAGCAGCCAGAAGGGAAGCAGUGUGCUGAGCAUCAAGCAGAAAAGCAAGAGGGAGCUGUACGUGGAAAAGCUCCAGGAACAGCUCAUCAGAGCGCGAGCCUUCGCUAUCAAGAAGGCCCUGCAGGUGUACGUGCCCAUCAGGCAGUUCUUCUACGACCUCAUCCACCCUGACUACAGCGCCGUGACCGAUGUCUACGUGCUCAUGUUCCUGGCCGACACCGUGGACUUCAUCAUCAUCGUCUUCGGCUUCUGGGCCUUUGGGAAACACUCGGCCGCCGCCGACAUCACGUCCUCGCUGUCGGAGGACCAGGUCCCAGGGCCGUUCCUGGUCAUGGUGCUCAUCCAGUUCGGGACCAUGGUGGUGGACCGAGCGCUGUACCUGCGGAAGACGGUGCUGGGCAAGGUCGUGUUCCAGGUCAUCCUGGUGUUCGGGAUUCACUUCUGGAUGUUCUUCAUCCUGCCGGGCGUGACCGAGAGGAAGUUCAGCCAGAACCUGGUUGCCCAGCUGUGGUACUUCGUGAAGUGCGUCUACUUCGGGCUGUCCGCCUACCAGAUCCGCUGCGGGUACCCGACGCGGGUCCUCGGGAACUUCCUCACCAAGAGCUACAACUACGUCAACCUCUUCCUGUUUCAGGGGUUCCGCCUCGUCCCCUUCCUGACGGAGCUGAGGGCCGUGAUGGACUGGGUGUGGACGGACACGACCUUGAGCCUGUCCAGCUGGAUCUGCGUGGAGGACAUCUACGCGCACAUCUUCAUCCUCAAGUGCUGGCGGGAGUCGGAAAAAAGGUACCCGCAGCCGCGGGGGCAGAAGAAGAAGAAGGCGGUCAAGUACGGCAUGGGGGGCAUGAUCAUCGUCCUGCUCAUCUGCAUCGUCUGGUUCCCGCUGCUCUUCAUGUCCCUGGUCAAGUCUGUCGCAGGCGUGACCAACCAGCCCCUGGACGUCUCAGUCACCAUCACCCUGGGCGGGUACCAGCCCAUUUUCACGAUGAGCGCCCAGCAGAGCCAGCUGAAAGUGAUGGACCAGCCACAGUUUCAUAAAUUUAUCAAAGCUUUCUCUAGGGACACUGGUGCUAUGCAAUUUCUGGAAAAUUAUGAAAAAGAAGACAUAACAGUAGCAGAGCUGGAAGGAAACUCAAAUUCUUUGUGGACCAUCAGCCCUCCCAGUAAGCAGAAAAUGAUACAGGAGCUCAUGGACCCCAAUAGUAGCUUCUCUGUUGUUUUUUCAUGGAGUAUUCAGAGAAACAUGAGUCUGGGUGCAAAAGCAGAAAUAGCAACAGAUAAACUUUCUUUUCCUCUUCCAAAUACUACACGAGAGAAUAUAGCUAAAAUGAUUGCAGGGAACAGCACAGAAAGCUCAAAAACACCGGUGACGAUAGAAAGGAUCUACCCAUACUACGUGAAGGCUCCCAGUGACUCCAACUCCAAACCCAUAAAGCAGCUUCUGUCUGAAAACAACUUCAUGAACAUCACCAUCAUCCUGUCCAGAGACAACACCGCCAAGUCCAGCAGUGAGUGGUGGGUGCUCAACCUGACGGGGAGCCGGCUCUACAACCAGCACGCGCAGGCCCUGGAGCUGGUGGUCUUCAACGACAAAGUCAGCCCCCCCAGCCUGGGCUUCCUGGCCGGCUACGGCAUCAUGGGGCUGUAUGCCUCAGUUGUCCUGGUGAUCGGGAAGUUUGUCCGUGAGUUUUUCAGCGGGAUUUCUCACUCCAUCAUGUUUGAAGAGCUCCCGAAUGUGGAUCGGAUUCUGAAGCUGUGCACGGACAUCUUUUUAGUCCGAGAGACCGGGGAGCUGGAACUGGAGGAGGAUCUGUAUGCCAAAUUAAUAUUCCUGUACCGCUCGCCAGAAACCAUGAUCAAAUGGACCAGAGAGAAAACAAACUGAUGGCCCAGGCCACAGGCUGCAAGCCCUGGUAGCGUUUGAAGUUUCCAAAAACAAAAGCAAAUGGAGAACCCGAGGAAGAAAAGCACAAUAUUUCCCCAAGAGCCGAGCCUUCUGCGUUGGCAGCAGCGGUCGUGCCUCCGACAGACGCCGCAAGCGUGGGCGUCCCUCUGCAGGCGAGCCGCCCAGAGGCGCCUGGGAUGCUGUUUCUCUGGGUCGGGCCCACUCGCUUUUCCACGCUGUCCUGCAUUCUGACUGACUGUGUGGCGGAGGCAUUUGUGCGGCUCGUCCCUCAGAGAAGCAGAGGAGGAGGAGGAGGAGGAAGCUUUCCACGCAGGGCGGUGCCCUCCUGGAGAGACGCUGCCUCGCGGCCCGGCACCCGGGGCUCUGCAGCCCGGGAAUGCUGCCAGGGCCAUCCCCCGGAUGCGCGCGGGAACAGGGCUGAGGACCGCUGGAGACCUUCCGGGGGACGACGGGGCGGGGGCCCCUGACGCCGCCAGGGCAACGGCGAGCCUCGUUCUAAGCAAAAAGUACCCUCAUGACACUCCUACUGCCUUAUCUGAACUGACAAUGAGCACGAAGUCUUUUCAUGAAACACCAGUGA